CACGCGGAAUGUAGACAGAAAAGGGAGAAAGACCACCCAAUAAGUACGGGAAUGACGCCUUGGAGACAUUAUUGAGAUAUUGAACCGCAGUCAUUGUAGAUGUAUACAAGGUAUUUAUCCAGGCUCUUCUCAGCUAUGGCAGGACCCAGGCCAGUGGUGCUGAGUGGCCCGUCGGGGGCUGGGAAGAGCACGCUGCUCAAGAAGCUGCUCAAGGAGUACGAGGGCAUCUUUGGCUUCAGCGUCUCACACACAACAAGGAGCCCUCGUCCUGGUGAAGAGAAUGGUAAAGAUUACCAUUAUGUUACAAGGGAGUAUAUGCAAGCCAGCAUCGACAAAGGGGAGUUCAUUGAGAGUGCAGUGUUUUCCGGGAACAUGUACGGGACGAGCAGGGCCUCCGUGCAGGACGUCAAGGACAAGAACCUGAUCUGCGUCCUGGACAUCGACAUGCAGGGCGUUAGGGCGGUCAAGACGACAGACCUCAACCCCAUCUACAUCUUCAUCCAACCCCCGUCCAUGAGCAUCCUGGAGAAACGUUUAAGAGACCGAGAGACAGAGUCAGAGGAGAGCCUCCAGAAACGUUUGCAUGCUGCCCAGGUGGACAUGGUGAUAAGCAAAGAUCCUGGCAUAUUUGACGUUGUCAUUGUUAAUGACAGUCUUGACGAUGCCUAUGGGAAGUUGAAAGACACUCUUAUUGAGGAAAUCAAAAAAGUCCAGAAAACCAACUUGUCCUCUUAAGCGACGAGAAGCCUGACAUCCAUCCCAGCCAUCCUGGCCACUCCUUACAAUAUGUCAGCCCCUCUAUUCCAAUCCUGAACUUUCUGUCAGAUACUGGUGUGGGAAUGAACUCCAGACAACAUCCCUUGCUAGACUUUUGAGUGAUCUAGCCUAUGUUUUUACAUAUUGGGAGGAUAUAGGUAGGUAUUAAGAUGAUAAAAACUGUAAAUAGAAGUGGACUAUUUAGCUUUAUUUACUCAUUUGGCACCGUUUUAUUUAUUUUUGUCCACAAAGAGAAACACUCCAUUAAUGGUUAACCUGUGACUGAGAUGGUCCCUGAUAUGUUUUUCUUCUAUGUUUACUGCAUACAGGAGUUUCUGCCAUUUUUUUCUUCUCUUCUGCCCAUUUAGUAGUAUUAUACCCCCAAAGCAUUAACUAUGUUCUCUCUGCUCUUCAACAACAGAAGGCCAUAAUAACACGACUCAUUCCCACUAAUGGCAGUGUUGUAGUACUCGAGACCAACCACAUUGAGUGUCUCGGUCUUGUCUCAGUGUUGGAUACAUUUGUACUCUGUCUUAACUCAGUCUGGGACCAGCCGAGAUCAGCAGAGUAAAACAACUAAUUACCAGCUUCCAUUCAGUCAGAGCAGAAAACUGCUUCUCCAGGCCAAAUAUAUACACUCCUUUCUUGAAACAUAAAUACAGUAACAGCUUUUAUAUCAAGUAUAGACAUGUUUUCUCAGUGGUGAACCUAUAGGCCUUCAGUGUGUGACAGGUUAGUACAGUGGUGAA